AUGAGCAACAACCCAUACCUUGCGCACUACUUUGGUGAAACCCUGGAGGACAACUUAGGGGACGUAGCGUAUGACGCUGCCGCGAACUUUGCGUACUUUCCCAACGCCGUGCACAUGUCACACCGUGUGUUUCGACCGUCUAAAGUGUAUCAGCCGACGCCCGAAGUGUCUGGUACAGGCGGUGAUUUAUUACGCUCAGACGGAGGAUCUGCCGCUGAUGUAUUACAGUCAACACCUGCAACAGAAGGUGCGUAUCCAUCAUCCACACUGGACAUCCCCCUAUUGCGAAACUAUGUACUUGAUAAACCUCCACGUCCCGAGUCAGGUCCGGAGGUUCCAACGGAUGGUGAUUGUGAAGUAACCCACCUGCUACGCAAAGACUUGUUGGAACCAACGGCAGCAACAUCAACAGAUGUGGAAGCAUUGGAAUGGGACUUAAUGAUUGAAAAAUCGCGUGCUGCCAUCAAACAAGCAAGAGAACUUCUAACUCAUGAAUGUGGCCCGUAUAUUGGUGCAGAAAGGGUUUCAUCCCCUCAAAACUAUUCGACAGUGCUUACUCCUGCGUCACCCAAAACGGCCAGUUCGGUUACUAUAUCCGCCCAAACAGCUGGGAGCGAUGAUAAUGUUGCGAGUCAGUUUCGGUUUACUGAAGAAGAUGAGAAUUGGUGUCCUGGCAGCAAAGACCGCAAUUUAAAUAGCUCCCCGAGUUAUGCUAGUGGUCUAGUUGAGGGCCCGCAUCCGGCGCCUGCAUCCGGUGCAGAGAUGGGACCGAUGACGAAUACAAAAGAGGCAGGGGAACUUCUGAGCUCUCCGGAGCCACACAUGCCCACCAGCACACUACCGAUGACAGAAGUUAAAGCUCAGACUAUGACUACACCAUCACAACCUUUACACAAUUUACCCACAGUGACCGAAGCAAGGUGUGUUCUGCUGACUCCAAACCCUAACGCUGCCGCGUGUCUCGCAAAGCGACUCACCCGAAGACCGCCACCCGCUUUGGCAGUUUCCGAAGAGGACUUUUCCACAACCUCCGGGGCGCCCGCCGUAGUUGGAAAAGUUAACGGCGAAACUGGGAGAGCGAUCAUGUAUGCAGAAUCAGUCCCCACUCCAUAUCAAAGCGUUGAGAGGAACCACAGGAAAAAGGAACGGUCGCGCAAGAUCGAUGGAACACUUGUGUCUUCACUUGGAAGUGUUCUCGAACAGUUUGCACGUUCACUGCAGGCGCGUGGCAUCGGUAAUGGUUGCAGAGAUUACCACGACUCCAAUAGUUGGGAUGCAAACUGCGUAAAGCUGGAACCGGUGCAGCAAACCGAAAACGAAUUGAAGGAAAAGAAAAGUAAAUGUGGUGCUGAACCUAACGAAAGGAGAGGUCGAAAACAUUGUAUUCCACCCCCGCAGGUACUGGUGGGUAGUGCCCCGCUGGUUGGUGCAAGCUGUGCAUUUCCUGGAGAUCACUAUGGGGCGUUCAUUAGGGCAGUACCAACGUCAGAACUUCCUGUGGUAAAUGCGGACUUUUAUAGUAACGUGUCGCGACGAGCAAGCAGUGUGAGACGCACCGGCAGCGGUGUCGCACCCGCAGCACCGAGCUACGCUCGACCAACAGAAAGUUGGUUGUGUAAAGGUGUUCAGCUGAGCGGUGGCGAGUAUGGCGACAACAAUGGUGUCAUAGAUGUGAAGGAAAUGAGUGGGGGAUGCCCCUGA